AUGUGGAGCGCAUAUGGAGUUUACUUAAGAAUGCAAUACAAGAAAUACAAAAGAAAAAAUAACUCAGGGCUUUCAUUUGAGGAGCUUUACAGAAAUGCAUACACCAUGGUCCUUCACAAACAUGGAGAACGACUUUAUACAGGAUUAAAAGAAGUUGUUACACAUCACCUUGAAACAAAGGUCCGUGAAGAUGUUCUUCAAGCGCUCCACAAUGGGUUUCUUCAGACAUUAAACAAUGCUUGGACGGAUCACCAAACCAGUAUGGUCAUGAUACGCGACAUACUCAUGUAUAUGGAUAGAGUUUAUGUACAGCAGAAUGAUGUAGAUAAUGUUUAUAACUUGGGACUCAUUAUAUUCAGGGACCAGGUUGCCCGCUACGGUUGCAUCCGUGACCAUUUGCGCCAGACCCUACUAGAGCUGGUUGCUCGUGAGCGUCGCGGCGAGGUCGUUGAUCGCCUCGCUAUAAGGAACGCCUGCCAGAUGCUCAUGGUGGUCGGCAUCAACUCGCGCACCGUCUACGAAGAGGACUUUGAGAAGCCCUUCCUUCAUCAGUCCUCUGAAUUUUAUAGGAUGGAAUCUCAAAAGUUCCUAGCUGAGAACAGCGCGGCGGUGUACAUAGCUCGUGUGGAGGCUCGCAUCAGUGAGGAGGCGGAGCGGGCGCGACACUACCUAGACGAGAGCACCGAGCCAAGAAUAGUGGCCGUCCUCGAACACGAGCUCAUUGAGAGACAUAUAAAGACCAUUGUUGAGAUGGAGAACUCUGGCGUUGUUCACAUGUUGAUGCACACUCGUACAGUGGAGUUGGCCUGUAUGUACAAGUUACUGUCCCGUGUGGACGAAGGCCUGCGCACUGUAGCGGACGCUGUGUCAGCUCACCUCAGGGAACAAGGCCGCGCCCUCGUCACUGACACGCAUAGCAACACUAAUGCCAUAGCAUACGUGCAGAACCUCCUCGACCUUAAAGAUAGAUUCGACCACUUCCUCCACAACUCGUUUAACAAUGAUAAGAUAUUUAAACACAUGAUCGCUUCAGAUUUUGAAUACUUCCUCAACCUGAACAACAAAUCCCCAGAAUUCCUAUCAUUAUUCAUUGAUGGUAAACUCAAGAAAGGCGAAAAAGGCAUGAGUGAACAAGAAAUAGAGGCAGUACUGGACAAAACGAUGGUGCUUUUUCCGUUUCCUUCAAGAGAAAGACGUGUUUGA